ACUCGUUUGCGCUGUCGCAUGGCAAAUCGACAAAAACUUACAAAAAUAAUCAUAUCUGCGCUGACUUCGUCGUGUUUGAAAUUUACGAUUUGUGUUUCGUGCGUCGUGCUUCGUGUUUCGUGUGUCGCGUCCGGGAUCGAAGCUUGACCCCAGCCUUGCUGCUGCUGCCACCCCAAUAAACUCUGGAAUUGGCUACUUGUCGAGUCAUCAAAUUCAAAUUAAUGUGCUCUACGCUCGCAGCUAGCUAUUGAAAAUUACAAUAAACAAAAAGUAUAAAGUUUAUCAAUUCUACAAAAUGCAGCAUUAAGUUAAAUAACAAACAAAAUAAAGCGAAAACUAAAGACAAUUUGUAAUUAAUUUAAAAGUGCAACAACAAGUUAACAAAACGGCUACAAUUAGUGCGCAAAGCUGCAAUUCUAUGAGUCUUGUAAGCCAAAGGACUACGAACAUUGAAUUUCAAUUGCUGCCAAACAGAUAACAAUUAGCCCCAAGGCAAAAAGUGUAGCAAGUUGUAGUUCUUACCCCCCAAACAAAAAACAACAAAUUUUGAUCAAGAGAUUUGAACAAAGCGUAGGCAACAAUGGCCAAAUACUAUAUGACCCUGGCGCUGCUGCUGUGCUUGGCCCUGGAGAACAACAACAUCUACGCGCGAUCGCACGCCGGCGCCUCCGAUGAGGCAGGUAGCAUGCCGCUGGUCCGCGCACAUCCGCAUCCCCGUCACCAGCCGCAUCAGCAGCAGCAUCAGCAUGUGCAGCAGCUGCAGCAACAUCAUACACGCCAGCAGCGUAAUCGGCAGCCCAAGCGCAUUGCUCCGGACCCGAGCAGCGAGGAGGAGGAACUGCAGCUGCACUACGACCAGCGACUGCGGCGCCAUCUGCGCCGGCAGCGCGAUCAUAUGCUGCAGCAGGAGCGCAGCUAUCAUCGAGUUACGCCCGAGCAGCUCAAGACCAGUCCCAAUCUGUGGCAGCUGCUCAGCCAGGGCUACCAGUUUGAUGACCUGCGCCAGAGCGACGAGCAGGAGCAGGAGCAGGAGGAGGAGGAGGAGGAGCAGCAGGAUGAGGACUUUCCGCAAAUGUUAAACGACGCACCAGCUGACGAGUUCAUGUUGGAUGAGCAUCAGCAGGACUAUGUCAAGAACGAGCUGCAACUGAGCCUGGCAGAACCAGCUCCACCAGCUGUGAUCGAAGACGCAGCACCAAAGCACAAUCUGAGCAGCCACACAAAUGCCACAGCCUCCGGUGGCUGUCCCAAGUGCGAAAGCAGUCGCCAGGUGGAGCACAUCACCGAGGAGGAAUUGCGGCGGCUGCGCAUUGAGUUUGUCAAGCAGCAAAUCCUCGAGAAGCUGCGCCUCAAGGAGAGCCCCAAAGUCUCGGCCGUGGAGCUGCCCAGGCCCAUUUUCGAGGGCGUAACGCUCCAGCAUGCGGAGGAGUCCAGCAAGAAUAAGGACUACGAUGACUACUAUGCGCGCACCAAUCAGAAAUUUAUACUCCUGCAACGAGAAGAAACCGAGUGCCGUCGCCUAGGCGCACAUCCGUCCAUGUGCUUCAGCUUCAAGAUCGAUGAUGCGGAUGCGGAUGGGUUUGAUGUGAGCAGCGCUGUGCUGUGGCUCUAUAAGAACAAGCAGAACUACACCAAGUCCAGCAAUGACAGCCAGCUGAAUGGGGCACAGAAGCAGCAAACGCUGGUCGUAUCCGAGGUGGAGCAGCAGCUGGACUCCAAAUACCUGCCGCUGGCCAAGACCAUAGCCAUACAGUCGGUGGAUGUGCAAGAUGAGUGGAUGAAAAUCAAUAUUGAGUGGCCGAUCAAACGCUGGUUCGGCAACCACGAACUCAGCCAUCUCAUACAGAUCGCGUGCGAAUCGUGCGACAUCGCAAGCAUGGAGGAGAUCAUAUCUGUGGAUAAGAACUAUAGACCCUUCAUAAUGAUCGACACACAGAAUCGUCGCAGCAAAUCGCGCCAGAAGCGAAACAUUAACUGUUCCAGCGGCGUCACCGAAUGCUGCCGCGAGAAGCUCUAUAUAUCAUUCGCGGACAUCGGAUGGGACAACUGGAUAAUGCAGCCGAAGGGCUACGAUGCGUACUUCUGCCGCGGCUCCUGCAGCUCUGUGGCGAGUGUCGCCCAGGCGGCUUCGCAUCACAGCUCAUUGCUGAAAAUCCUUUCCACAAAUGGUACACGCAAACCGUUGGACCUGAUACCCUGCUGUACCGCCAAACAGUAUUCCUCGUUGCAGUUGGUCGUUUUGGACUCCAACAACUCGGCGACAAUCAAAACGCUGCCCAACAUGGUCGUCGAGUCGUGCGGCUGCAGAUAGUUCCGUGCCACAAGGCUAUAUAGCUUCUAAGUACCACACAGCAUCGAGAAACCUCUCAAAUGAACGGACAAAUUAGAACUAGUUCACAUUCGUACACGCACAUCAUAGCUUUCUGUAACUAAUUUCAAUUUAUUUAAAUUCAUUUUCAAUGCAUCCGUAAUUUAAUCGUAAUCUAAAUAACCUUAAUACGCUGCCAUUAGUUUUAGUCGCAGUUAGUUAGUUAAUUGAGUUGAAGCUGAAGCGAAUGUACUUAAGUGCUCGAACUAUGCUUAACUUAACUACAUUAAGUUAGCCAAUAAUUAAAUUUAUCAUCAAGUCUUCGCCUAAAAUUAUAAUUAACUAGCUUUAGUUUCUUUCAUCUUAUGUUUUCAUCCCCUAUAUGUUAGCCUCAUAAAUUAUUGAGACAGAAAAAAAU